CAAUGGGUAACUGCUUCGGCCAUCAAAAUUGUCCUGAAUCGAAUGAACACGUUCGGAGAUGAAGUAUUUGGUGAUCCACAAGUACUACGGAGUUAUUUCUAUGCUAUUUCUGAUUUUGCUGUCGGUGGAAGAUGUAAAUGUAAUGGACACGCUUCGGAAUGUGUUCGAUCGUCGAGCGUGGAUGGUGAGAACAGGCUAGUCUGUCGAUGUGAACACAAUACUCAAGGAGCUGACUGUGAUCAAUGUUUACCGUUCUACAAUGAUCGACCAUGGCGACCUGGUACUGCCAACGAGGCAAACGAAUGUAUCGGUAGGCUAAUCAUUAUUUCUAUUAAAAAUUGUUCUAGCUUUUAG